UGAUGAAGUUUGUCACAAUUUUUGGUUUUGUUCUGCCUGUUGAUCAAUUUAACCUCAAAUAAAAGUGAGGUUCUUUUUGAAAUUUGGUGUGUGGUAUUUUUAAAAUCAAUUAUGGUUCGAAAAAAAAUAGACAACAGAAUUCGUGUUUUGAUUGAAAAUGGAGUGAAAUUAGGGCACAGAACCCUCUUCGUUAUUGUGGGUGACAAAGGCAGGGAUCAAGUAGUUAUUUUGCAUCAUAUGCUCUCCAAGGCAGAAGUGAAAGCAAGACCCUCAGUGCUAUGGUGUUAUAAAAAAGAGCUAGGAUUCAGCAGUCACAGAAAAAAGCGUAUGAAACACUUACAACACAAAAUACAAGCGGGCAAACUUAGUAUUAAUGAAGACGAUCCAUUUGAACUCUUUCUCGCGUCAACCAAAAUACGAUACUGUUAUUAUUCUGAAACUCACAAGAUUCUUGGAAACACGUAUGGAAUGUGUGUUCUUCAAGAUUUUGAGGCCCUCACUCCUAACUUGCUUGCCCGGACUAUUGAAACAGUAGAAGGAGGUGGUCUAGUAGUUCUCCUCCUCCGAAGUAUUACCUCUCUGAAACAACUCUACACAAUGAGUAUGGAUGUGCAUCAGAGAUUUCGUACAGAGGCUCAUCAAAAUUUAGUGUGUAGAUUCAAUGAACGUUUCCUUCUAUCUCUAGCUACAUGUAAGCGUUCUUUGGUAGUUGACGACCAACUGUCAGUGUUACCAAUAUCGUCCCAUAAUUUACACGUAACACCUGUGGAAAAUGUACAGGAAACUACUGAAAAUGAGUCUGAACUGAUGGAAUUAAAGGAACAGUUACGUGAUACCCAGCCAGUGGGUAACCUCGUGAACUUGUGCAAAACUUUAGACCAGGCAAAAGCUCUACUCAAGUUUGUUGAAGGUAUUUCUGAAAAAACUUUGAGAUCUACCGUAUCGUUGACGGCUUCUAGAGGAAGAGGAAAAUCAGCAGCUCUGGGUCUUGCUGUAUCUGCCGCUGUAGCCUUCGGCUAUUCUAAUAUAUUCGUGACCAGUCCCAGUCCUGAAAAUUUGAAUACUUUUUUUGAAUUCGUGUUCAAAGGGUUCGACGCUUUGGAGUACCAGGAGCAUAUUGACUAUGGCUUGGUUCAAAGUACAAAUCCAGAAUUCAACAAGGCUAUUGUUAGGGUUAAUAUUUUUAGGGACCAUCGACAGACAAUACAGUACAUUCACCCAACAGACAGCCAUCGACUAUCUCAAGCAGAACUUCUUGUGAUAGAUGAAGCCGCUGCUAUACCUUUACCGUUUGUCAAGGCGAUGUUGGGUCCAUAUUUGGUCUUUUUAGCAUCAACUAUAAAUGGCUAUGAAGGCACCGGAAGAUCGUUGUCGCUGAAAUUAUUGAACCAGUUGAGGGUUCAAGCGGCACCUGUAGGAGCCAAUACAAAUGCUGUAAAUAAGAAGGAUUAUGGAGCUGCAACAGGAAGAACAUUGCAUGAAGUAACACUGGAAGAAUCAAUCCGUUACAAACCAGGAGAUGAAGUUGAGGCGUGGCUCACUAAGCUGCUGUGCCUCGAUUCCACUUCUGUAGCUCCAAUUUUGUCAGGAUGCCCUCCUCCUGAUGAUUGUGAUUUGUAUUAUAUCAACCGAGAUACACUCUUCUGCUACCAUAAGGCUUCCGAGGAAUUUUUGCAGAGAUUGGUUGCACUGUAUGUUGCUUCUCAUUAUAAGAACACACCCAAUGAUUUGCAAAUGAUGUCAGACGCCCCAGCACAUCAUCUGUUCUGCCUUCUAGGACCUGUCGAUCCCAAUAGAAGAACCUUGCCAGAGGUUUUAGUCAUUAUACAAGUUUGUCUUGAAGGAGAGAUCUCCAAAAAUUCUGUUAUGGAAGGAUAUUCAAGAGGUAAAAGAGCUUCGGGGGACUUGAUACCUUGGACAGUUGGCCAGCAGUAUCAGGAUGCUGAUUUUCCAAGACUGUCUGGAGCUAGAAUAGUCAGAAUUGCAACCCAUCCUGAUUAUCAAGGGAUGGGAUAUGGUGCUAGGGCGCUUAACCUACUCAAACAAUACUAUGAAUACAAAAUUCCCAGCAUAGAGGAAGAUUCCCAGCUACCUAAAGAUGAAAUCGAUAAUAUAGAAGAAAACCAAGUGGGUCUUCUGGAGGAGUGCAUCGAACCUCGUAAAUCCUUGCCACCAUUACUUCUUAAAUUGAGUGAGAGGCCACCUGAGAGAUUGGAUUAUAUUGGAGUGUCUUUUGGCUUGACAGAGCAGCUGCUUAAAUUCUGGAAGAAGGCAGGUUACCUUCCUGUUUACCUGAGACAAACCACUAAUGACUUGACUGGAGAACAUUCCUGUAUAAUGCUGAAUGUUUUAAAUGUUGAUGAAGUAAAAGAAAGUGAAUGGUUAGCAGCAUAUUGGGUAGACUUCCGAAGAAGGUUUGUCAAUUUGUUGUCAUAUCAGUUCAGCAAAUUCUCUCCCGGAUUGGCACUAGGAGUUCUAUCUAAUAAAGCUGUGAAACUCAAAGCUAAAGAAUUGUCCAAGCAAGAACUGGAUAUGCAUCUGACCACCUAUGAUGUGAAAAGGUUAGAAAUGUACAGCAAUAACUUGGUGGAUUAUCAUUUGAUAAUGGAUUUGAUGCCAACAUUGGCAAAGUUAUACUUUUUGAACCAGAUGGGUGAUAUGCAAAUGUCUGCGGUACAGUCAGCAAUUGUUUUGGGCUUAGGUCUCCAACACAAGACAGUAGAUGAUCUAGCAACUGAGCUUGAUCUUCCUUCCACUCAACUACUUGGUCUCUUCAAUCGACUCAUCCGUCGUUACGUUCAGAAUCUUAACAGAAUCCUUGAACAGGAUAUAGAGGGUACUCUGGUGCCGCAGAAAAAUGUUGACAUGACACCUGUGGCUAAGAGUAUGCACGAUGAAUUGGAAGAAGCAGCAGGGGAGUUGAAAAAAAAGCAGAAGAAAGAACUUGAAAGGCUAAAGAAGGAGAAUCUGGAACAAUUCGCUAUAAAGGGUAGCGAAGAGGAGUGGGGAAAAAUAUUGACGAGUAACCGUAAAAAGAAUAUUAUUACAGUGAAAAGUAAUUCGGAAAUUCAGGCUGAUGAAUAAGUUUCCAUGCUGAAACAGUGGAGAGAAAAGAAUGGCUGAUAAUGAGACGGAAGUGACGGAAGAUCCUGAACCAGCCAAGAAAAGAAAGAAAGGAAAAAAGAAGCAGAAGUAGUUUUUAUAUAUAGUUAUAAAAAAUAAAGUUUUUAUCAAAAUAACAAAUC